CAUCAUUUCCACAAACUCCCUCCACUUCCAAGCUUUCAUCCCACAAAAGAAACUAGCAAAAGUAGCGGAUAACUAACAUUGUCUCCACUUUCAUAUCAGAAAAGAAUAAGAAAUUAACAUGGCUUGGAAAAGAAAUGAUGAGGAAUCUUUGCAAUCCGCUGAUGAGGUGAAACGCCAGAAAAGAAUCAAGUUGGCCAUUUAUAUUGGUAUUUUUAUUGUGUUUCAGAUCAUUGUCAUAACCACGAUGAGUCUCACUGUCAUGAAAGUUAAAACCCCGAAGGUCAGACUAGGCAACAUCAAUGUCCAAGACCUCAACUCCAUCCCGGCAACAUCUUCAUUCGACACUAAAUUCACAACCCAAAUCAGAGUCAAGAACACAAAUUUUGGUCCAUACAAGUAUGAUGCUGGCAUUGUCACGUUUUUGUACCAAGGCGCUACUGUCGGGCAAGUUUCUAUUCCAAAGAGCAAGGCUGGAAUGCUUUCCACCAAAAAGGUUGACGUCGAGGUGAGCUUGAGUUCAAGUGCACUGAGCAGUUCCAAUCUUGGCAGUGAAUUGAGCAGCGAGGUGUUGAUUCUCAACAGUGCGGCUACGUUGACUGGAAAGGUUGAACUUAUGUUUAUAAUGAAGAAGAAGAAGUCUUCCACCAUGGACUGCACCAUUGCAUUUGAUUUGUCAUCAAAGACGGUCAAAAGUUUGCAAUGCAAGUGAUCAGACAAACCAAGUAGGGUGGAGUUGAACUGCGUUCUUUCUGUAACAUCUUUAGGAUUCAAAUUGCGAGUGAACAAGACUAGUUCUUGAUUUAUUAUUAUUUAUGCGACGUUGAAUUUGUAUUUGAUAUAAAAAAAAUUUAAUUAUUUUUUAACCA